CAUUUUUCAUUUCUCACAAUAACGGCUUUCUUUCUUUCUUUCUUCUUCUUUCUUCUUCUUGUUUUUUUUUCUUUCUUUUUUCUUCUUCUUCUUGAUUUCUUGAGGAAGAGGGUGAUGGGGAAUUGUUAAUUUUUGGAUUAUUUGCAUUAGAAAGAGGAAAUGACGAUGACCCACAGUAGGUGUUCGCUAGUUUCAAGUGCGGUGACGAAGAGACAAGCAAUGGCGGCGGAUUCAUCGGGAUCGGAGAAUAAUCAGGCCGGAAAAUUGAAUGCUGGAGCGUCCAAGAAACGACCGGUACAUGCAUUUGUCGCUCCCAAAAUUAUAGGUGGGAAAAAUGCUCUGUCUCCAGUUGGGGAACUUGGAAUGGUAGAGAUGACCCAGGCUCUGGAACUAAUUGAUGUUUGCUAUGAGCAGGUGUGAUAGGCCUCUCCUUGAAUUUUUCUGAUUAUGUGCAUAGCAGAUCCAUGUUUCGCUGUAACUUUUCCUCAACCAUCCUUAGCGCUGGGUUGUAAGUAGCCUAUUUAUAAUGGAAGGAAUAAAAAAAACCUUCCUAAUACGCCCAAUAACCUCCGUGACAAGCUGUAUGCAGAAGCUUAUA